AAGGACAUAGGCUACUUUUUAACUGGAAAAAAGGAUUGUAAAGGGGAGGAUGGUAAUAGGGGAUCAAGUAUUUAAAACUUUUCAGAAUGGACUAUGGCUUUGAAAUUUGAAAUACAUAUGUCGAAAGCGGUUUUCGGGUAUUUUGAUUUGGAGGGGCAGUGAUUAUAGCUACAUUUUAUACCAGCAUUCCCUCGGAAAGGGAACCACCGCGCACUGUAAACUGAAGUACACGCGGACGGAGUCGCUUGCAACAGCUAGUAUUUAAAAUAAAGCCCUUCUAAAUCCUGUCCUCUUGGUAUUACGUAUUACUGACGAAAAGAGUUCUAUAAUGAUGGCUGGCAACUUAUGCUAAGGAGGUUUCAAUCGCGAUGUUGUCAUAUUCUUUGACAUUUGCUGUAAUCUAUAUUCUAUUGUGUUAGUAGUAAAGCGCGGUAGAUUUUUAAUGUUUGUAAUUAAUAUUAUGCAUCUUGAUGGUGUUUUGGGAUUUUAUGGUCGUAUGUAUCAAUUUAGCUCGCGUGUAAUUUAUACGCCUGCGUUUUAAGUACAGCCAUGCGUUUUUUAAGCAUCCACAAAAAAUUAAAAUUUUAAUGUAUAUUUUUUUAUUCCAAAUGUUUGAAGAUAGAUGAUGAUAAAAGUGUUAUCAUAUUAAUCGCAAAAUUAAUAGUUUAAGUAUCAUAAGAUCGAAAUUAUGCGAUAACAUUCGAGAAUCGCUGUAAUGAUUACUUGUCAUAAAUAUUUCACAAUAAAACUGAAGAGAUGACAAUAGCUUCGGUUUUAAAAUCUAUAAGUAGUGUAGCUACUUUUUAUAUGAGGAUUUAAAUGGUCGAUUAUCAAGCCAUUAUAGUAAAUGCGCUGUAGUAUAUGAUAUAUUGAAUCUAAACUUAUCAGUAGAGAUAGAGCACUAGUUAGCAACAUGGGUGAGCACAACAAACGAGUCAAAAAGCGACGCUUAAGAACUCCAAGAUUGAGUAGAGAAAAACCACUUUUGUUCGGUCCUAGUAAAUCUGUUGUGAUGAACGUAGUUGUCUCCAGAUCUAAACAUACGUUUUCACCCUACGAAUGUACAUCAGAAAAGUGUAUUCGCAACAAUUGUGACCCAACCACAUGUAGCACCGUCACCAGUAAAUCCAGAAUGUCAUUUCUACCCAAAAAGAAAUUUGCUUUUAUAAAGCGAAAACCAGACCCGAAAACAUUCAAAUAUAAGAUUUGCAGCUGUAAGCCUGGCACAUGUGCUCCAGAGGAAUGCAUUAGGCAAAUAUUUUCUGAAGAAUUCAAAACGUUGAAAGAAGAUGUCGGUGCAAAUGCUACGAAGAAAGUUAAACAUACUUCAGUAUCUACAGUGAGUAGCGAUCUGAAAUCAAAAUCAAUGAGUACGAUAAAAUCUAAAGAGACACGUUCUGAAUUAAGGAAGAAGCGAAAACAAUAUGUGCGAAACACAAAAUCUGUUGGUCCCUCUGAACCUAUAAGAAGGUAUGAUAUUGGCGACGGCAAAGGCGCUAAUUUGGUUAAACGGCCGCCAGGAAAUGUAGAUGAAGAUCUUGAGAAACUACUAAAAAGUACUUUGGAACUUCUUAAAAAGCAGCAACUAUUAGAACUGGAGAAAGCUAUGGAUAAUAUUGAAAUAACGGUGGAUACUAGACAAACUAAACGAAAAUGUGCAGACGUUAAAUUAAAAGUCAGAGAAAACGUAAAACGAAGUUCAUUAAACCAACAAAUGAAAGAGAUAGUGCCUUUCAUAAAAAAAAUCUUUACAUCAUAUGAGAAGAGAAAGAAGAUGCCGAAGAAAAAGGAAGAAGUACAACAAGAUGUUGGAACAGAUUACGAUAAACUUGAAGACACCACACCAAUGAAACCAAGCUUAAAGUUUGAAUUGAGAAAAGGUCUAAAUGCGAAGCUUCUUUCUAAAAAGCUCAAGAAAAACGUUGCGAUUGAUUCAUUGAAUAGGUCAUACACUUUAGGGAUCAAAUUAUCAAACAAAUUGAGUCCAUCAGAAACUACAUCGCAAAAUUCUGACGAAAACAAUAGUUCUGAUGAACAAGAAGAAGAUAUUACACAAAGUCACACCGAGACCAAACGCACAUGUUGCAGACGUCCAAAAAUGAAGCCAGAAACUGAUAAAUUAACAAAAGAGUUUAAGAAACAAAAACCGUGUCCUUGUCCUAUCGAGAGUAGAGAAAUAUGUCAACCUGGGACUAGCUCACAGAAGCCAAUUAUUAGUUCAGACAAACAAGCAGAGGAAGAUGUUAGACAAAGUCACACCGGUACCACGACACAUAAGCCCAAACGCACAUGUUGCAGACGUCCACAAACAAAGCCAGAAACUGUCAAUAUACCAAAAGACGUUAAAAAACAGAAACCGUAUCCUUGCCCGACCGAAAGUAGUGGAAUAGGUCAACCUGGGACUAGCACACAGAAACCAAUUAUUAGUUCAGAGAAAAAAGCAGAGGAAGUUAUUAAACAAAGUCACACCGGUACCACGUCACAUAUGCCCAAAAGAACAUGUUGCAGACGUCCAAAAAUGAAGCCAGAAGCUAACAAAUUAAAAAGAGAUGUUAAGAAACAAAAACUGUGUCCUCGUCCUAUAGACAGUAGUGAAAUAGUUCAACCUGGGACUAGCACACAGAGACCAAUUAUUAGUUCAGACAAACAAGCAGAGGAAGAUAUUACACAAAGUCACACCGAGACCAAACGCACAUGUUGCAGACGUCCAAAAAUGAAGUCAGAAACUGAUAAAUUAAUGUUAAAAGACGUUAAGAAACAAAAACUGUUUCCUCGUCCUAUCGACAGUAGUGAAGUCGUUCAACCUGGGACUAGCACACAGAAACCAAUUAUUAGUUCAGACCAACAAGCAGAGGAAGAUAUUAAACAAAGUCACACCGGUGCCACAUCACAUACGCCCAAAAAAACAUGUUGCACACGUCAAAAAAUAAAGUCAGAAGCUAAUAAAAUAAUAAUAUGCGGUAAGAAACAAGAACCGUGUCCUUGUCCUACCGGGAAUAGUGAAAUAUGUCGCCCUGGGACUAGCAAACAGAAACCAAAAGUUGAAGGGCAAAUUACUGGUCCAAGUUCUACCACAAUGGGCAGUGCACUAAACUUUUCAGACGGCAAAAUGAAUUGGGCUGUUGAUAAAUUUUCAAAGAUAAAAAGUAGCUGCUAUUUCAAAAAGGUUGAUUAUAGUGACAGUAAGUCCACUGUCAUAAAAGAUUUCCUAAGCGCUAUAAUAAAAGGAAACGUAAAGCCGUCUUUAAUAAGAAUCUUAAUUGACAACAAUGCUGGCCUUUUAACUUCGGAUGAAAUCAUUCGUAACAUAAUCUCUGGGGCUGGAAGAAAGACACCAAAAGCGGCUAGGCCUGUAGCAAAAUCCCUUAAACCUGCAAGCUGCAUGGUGGACUUACCGCGAGCUGCUCCAAAGUGUAAAGGACUAAAGACCAAAAAGUUUUUUCGCAAGAGUGAAAUAAUUACCAAACUAGGCAGUAAAAAAGGAAUGGCAGAAAUCCUUAAAACGGUCCGAAAAGCUAUUAAUAAGAAUCAAGUAUCUCCGUCCAUAAUACAGAAAAUGGUCACUCACUCAAAAUGUCCAAAUACGAGAAGUAAAAAACCUUGUGAUUGUAAGCCUGUGUUAGUCACUCAGCUUGAUAAGAAUGAGAUAAUUGAAAAACUUGGUGCGUGCGCUACACGAAAUGCACAAAUUAUGAAGAAAGUCAAAGCAGCCGUAAGGAAGGGAUGUGUAUCACCGAAACUAGAAAAAAUACUAAACAAAAAUGAAAAAAAAAUAUCUUCAAGCAAAAAUACAUGUUGUGUUGAUCCCAAAACAGGCGAUGAAAUAUAUGAUAGGCUAGCGACAUGUGUUGGUAAAGCAGAAAUUAUGGUUCAACUCCAGAAAGCUAUUGAAGAUGGCAAAGUGUCACCAUCACUUAUAGACCAAGCAAUUAACCGGGAGAUAUGUGCAAUGCCUAAGAUGAGACUAGGAAGAAAGGUAUGCGAGAGAAAAUACUUAACCAAACAGGAAAUAAUGGAUAAAUUAAAAACAAAUCGAGGUAAAAAAGAGAUUUCCAGGAGAGUCCUUAAAGUUAUGAAAGCAGGAGAUUUAUCGAAGCCACUUAUAAAGAAGAUGCUUACGGAAGGGAAAGAAACAAAAAAAGGCGAGGAGGGUCAGGAACUACCUCCGUGUAAACCGGAGUUACGUAAAACAAAGAGUACGCAUAACUAUCCAAUGGAUAAAGAAUCAAUAUUUGAGAAACUGACAACCAAGGAGGGGAAAGCAGAUAUAAUUAAAGAUGUUCGCAAAGCAAUACAACAAGGAACAGUAACAUCGUCACUUCUUGAGAUGAUAGCAAAUAAUCCUGAUGUGCCAUUAUUUAAAAAGAGAGGCAAUAAACCAAUGAAAAGGGAAGAAAUACUCACGAAACUUAGGACACCUCAGGGUAAAGACCAAAUCAUUAAGGAAAUCACUAAAGUUAUAAAGAAAAAUAAGGUCUCGGCAUCACUCGUAGAUAUGGUCAUUAAUAACGCAGAAAGGUCAUUCCCGAUGAACAAGUAUGAAAUACUCUCUAAGUUAGGCUCCAAAGAAGGGAACUAUGAAAUUGUGAAGGAAGUUCGCAAAGCAAUAAAAAGGGGCAAAGUUCCUCCGGUGCUUAUACGAAAGGCAAUUAGCAAUAAAAGUAAAGGUCGCGUACAGAAAUUGUUUUGUAGACCAUUGAAAGAAAGUGAAAUAAUAACUAAAAUGGGGACAAAAGAGGGAAAAACUGAAAUCUUGGAGCUUGUCGGGGAAGCUAUAACAAAAGGAGAGGUGUCGGGUUCAAUUAUAGAUAUGAUGAUUAACGGCACAAGACCGUCACAGCUUAAGGGAUUAGAGAGUGAAGAAGAACUAAAACCUCCCACUGCUAAACCUGUUCCGCUUUCUACACCAAGUUCUGCUAUUGUUGGGAAAAGGACCAAAAAGAUUAGCCCUAUUUCGGAACAAGACAGCAAAAUGGACUUAUCUGAAGUAGUUUUAAAAUUAGCCUCGUCUGAGGGAGAAAGGCAAAUCUUAAUGAAAGUAGCUGAAGCUAUAAGAAAUCAUGAAGUGACACCAUCCCUAAUUGAUAUGAUUGUAAAUAGAAAGAGUGCGCAUAAGGGAAAAGGUACGGCACGAAAAAAAUAUGAAAUUGCAGAACAAUUAGAUGACACAGAUGGUAAAGAAGAAAUUAUCAGUAGAGUUUCAAAAGCUAUCAAGAAAGGAAAAGUAUCACCGUCUAUGGUUAAAUCGAUUGUUAAUAAAGAUAAAACAAUGGAAGGAUACAAAAGCUGUUUUGGGGAACUUGAUAAAAAGCAAAUUAAGGGAAUGCUUAGUACUGACGAAGGACAAUUAAUAGUCAUAAAUGAGCUUGAGCAAGCACUUAAAAAGGGUCAUGUACCGCCAUCACUAUUACAAAAGAUGUUAGGUAAAGAUAAAAAACAUAUGCAACCGUGUGGGGAUGAUGAGAAACCAUUAAACACGUGUGAAAUACUCGCAAAAUUAGGGACCAGAAGAGGUAAAUCUGAAAUUUUGUCUCGAGUGGACAAAGCCAUCCAAUCUGGUCUGGUGUCACCAACGACUAUUCAAAGAAUUAUGAACACGGAUUCAGCUGUGCAGGUGGAUGAACAUAGUAGAUCCGAGAUUGAUUUUAAAGAUCAACGAAGAAAGCGACAAGCUGAUCGAUCAAUGGAAGCAACUAGUUCAGUAAUUAAAAGAAAAGCGAAAAAGGACAAGAAGAAACGUUUACUCUCUAAGGCAUCCAGUUCAAGUGUAGGCAGUAUGACGUCAGUCACCAAGAAAUUAGAUAAAGCAGUACACACUAAGAAAAUGACCCCAUCACUAUUGAAAAUGAUUCAAAAUAAAAUGAAAAAGAGCAAGAAGAGACGCGUUAGCCCUAAAUCAUCAAUUAAGAGUAAGCAUAGCCUUGCUUCAGUAAUGAAGAAAUUAAAAAAAGUAGUACGGCCCAAAAAAGGGACUCCAUCACUUGUGAAAAUGAUUAAGAAUAGUUUAAAAAAAGGGAAGCUGAAACGUAUUCGCUCUAAAGCAUCUAUUAUAAGCAGAGCCAGUAUCACUAGGGUAAUAAAGAAGUUGAAAAAAGCUACUAAAACUAAAUCAGUGACUCCGUCAUUAAAGAAAAUGAUUAAAAAUAAAAUGAAGAAAGGGCUGAUAAAACAAAUAAGCUCCAAGGUCUCGGUUUCAAGUGGAGAUAGUAUUUCUAGAGUUAUAAGUAAAUUACAAAGAGCUAUUCAAAAAGAAACUAAACCCAAGAAAAUUCGUAGAGAUAAAGAAAGGAAAGUAAAGUUAAAAGUAAGAGGUGUUGGCGCUAAGGCCUCCAGCGCACGCGCAGGGACGAGUAUUUCUGCAUACAUGCUGGAUAGCUCUAAGCCUUCUUUUUCAAGUGGAGAUACAGCACAAAAUAAGAGAUUACAAAAAGCUAUGCAUACUAAAUUAGUUAGCCCGCUGCCAAGGAAAUUGAUUAAUAUUGGAGCAAAAAAAGCCAGAGGAAUACGUCUUAGCCCUAAGCAGUCCAGUGUUGGUGCAGAAAGGAGUAUUUCUGCAGUCAUGAAACGAUUGCAAAAAGAGGCGUCAAGAAGUAAGUCCUCCCCAGUAUUGCACAAGAAAAAACAUAAAGCGCACGUUUCUGCAUCAACUGUGAAAUCAAGUGUGGAUGUUUUUGGAAAAAAAGAAAGAAAUGCGAUUCGGAAAAUUGAUUUCAUAAAAAAACUUAAAAGAGCAAAAGGGAAAUCUUCAUCAUCCUCCCAAACUACUCCGAAAAACAAAUACUCUAGUGGAUCGCAUGAUAGCAUGUCAAGUCGGACCACUUUGCCCAAAAGUAAAGAGAAAUUGAAACCUGCCAUGAAAACAGUCCGCAAAGUAGCACCAUCUUCCGAAAAGGUAUUUAAGACAUUAUUAAAAGACGAGAGCACUUCUACUGAUACCAAAUCUGAAGUUCUGAAAAAAGUUCGGAAAGCGGCAGCAAAGGGUCAUAUCUCAUCUACUGUUUACGGCGCCAUCCUCGCCAAUAUACGUCCUCAUGACACGAAAUCACAAGUUAUUAAAAAGAUUAAAAAAGAGAUAGGUAAAAGACAAGUGUCUCCUGCCGCCGUUGUGAAAAAACCGAAAAAGAAAUCUGUCAGCGACGAAAAGUUUAAAAUAAUGGGCAAAGUCACCGAAGCGGUGAAAAGAGGCAAGCAACUCGUUCUAUCUAGUUUAGAUGAUCUACGAACCAGUACUCGUCCUAGUGUCACUAAAAAGAUAACUAAAGAAAAAGUUCAUAAGGCCGCGCAGAAGAAGAAAACGUUAAAAGUUAUUGACGCAGUGCCCAAAAAAUUGCCCAAACCAAAGGUCAGAGUUAUGAAGAAAAUAAGUAAAGCUGUGAGUAGUGGCCAUAUACCGGAAUCGGUUCUUAACGACGUACGAGCAAAGGUCCGGCCUUCAGAUACCAAAAAACAAACUGAGAAAAAGAUUCGCAAAGCUAUGAUGAAGAAAAAAGUACCAGCACAUGUAAUUGACGCCAUGGUACCCAGUCAAUUUGUCGGCGAAAAGGCCGAAGUUUUGGAAAAACUUCGCAAAGCGGUCGAAAAGGGUAAGAUCGCACCAGCAGCUUAUGGCGCCAUUCUUGCCCAAGUUAAGCCUAAUGACACGAAGUCAAAAGUUAUUUUGAAAGCUCGAAAAGAGAUAGCAAAAAGACACGUUUCUCCUUCCGUCAUUGAAGAAGUAUUCACAAAAGUGAAAUCCAGUGAUGACAAGGUUGCAAUUAUGAAUAAUCUUACUAAAGCGGCAGAAAAGGGUCAACUGCCACAACCUGUUGUAGAUGAAAUACGAGCAUCUGUUCGUCCCACUGAUACAAAACAAGAAACUAUAAAGAAAGUUCGAAAAGUCAUGCAGCAGAAGAAAUUACCAACACGUAUUAUUGAUGGAAUACUUCCCCAACAGUUUGUGGGUGAUACAGCUGAAGUUAUGGAAAAUAUCCGUAAAGCUAUAAAAAGUGGUUUAUUAUCUCCGAAUGUCUACGAUGACGUGCAAGCUGAAGCUAGUUCAACCGACACUAAAUCUGAAGUUGUUAAGAAAAUCCGUAAAGCCAUCGUCAAGAGACACGUUUCGCCUUUUGCCGCUGCUAGAUUGAUCCAAAAAGUCCAAGACAGUGAUGACUCAUCAGCUAUUAUGAAAAACCUACGUAGUGCUGUUAAUAAGGGUGAAAUACCAGCCGCUGUAAUGGACAGUAUAUAUGCCCAUGUACUGCCUGAUGACGAUAAAUCCGAUAUUGUAAAGAAAGUACGUCAAGUGGUAGACAAGAAGAAAUUGACAUCAAAAGUAUUACUCGGUAUUGAUCAAAACUUAGAUCUUAAAAGCGAAAAAGGAUUUCUGUCGAAGAGUAAAAGUAUUACAUCAAAAAUAUCUGAAUCUAAGUCGGAAGUAUUUAAAAACAUCCGUCAAGCUAUAAGUCGGGGUCAACUGGCGCCUGAAGUUCUCGAUGAUGUUAUGGCGAGUAUUCGUCCCACUGACAAGAAAUCUGUUAUCAUAAAGAAAAUUCACAACGCUGUUGAUAAAAGACACGUGUCGGCUUCUGCUAAGGAUGACAUCUUAGCUAGUGUAGACACCAGUGAGAACAAAUCUGAUGUUGUGAAGAAAGUUCGAAAAGCCGUCAACGAAGGGCAACUUCCACCAGAAAUUUUAAGAGAAGUACUACUUAAUCUUAAACCUACUGAUGAUAAAUUACAAGCUGUUAAGAAACUUCGUCAAGCUUUGGAGAAGAGACAAGUGUCACCAUAUGUCUUGGAUGAUAUGCUUAAAAAAUUAAGACCUCAUGAUAACAAAUCUGAAGUUAUAAAGAAUGUCCGUAGAGCUGUGGACAGAAGACAACUGUCACCAGCUGUUAUGGAUGAUAUACUAGCUAAUGUGCGACCUACUGAUAAUGCGUCACAAGUCAUGAAGAAGGUUCGAAAAGCGAUUGGAAAAAGGCAUGUGUCGCCUUCCGUAAAAGAGGAAUUACUCGCUGAUGCACGUGCUGGUGGCGAUAAAUCCAAAGUUAUAAGAAGUGUACGCAAAGCGGUAGAAAAAGGUCGUCUACCACCAGAUGUAAUGAAAGACAUUAUCGCUAAUAUAAGACCCAAUGAUAGCAAAUCUGAAAUUAUAAAGAAAGUCAGUUUUGCACUUGAAAGAAAGCAAGUCGCGCCACAAGUCAUGGAUGAGAUCGUUGCUAAUUUAAAGGCUAAGAGUGAUAAUAAAUCUGAAGUGGUAAAAAGAAUUCGGCAAGCGGUAGAUCAUGGACAGAUAGCCCCGGGUGUCAUGGAUGACAUACUUCAAAAUGUUCGCAACACAGACAAUAAGUCUCAAGUGUUGAAGAAGGUCCGGAAAGCCGUAGCAAAGCAGCACGUGUCACCAUCAGUUAUGGAAGCAGUUCUAUCUGAUGCACGUGCCACUGACAAAAAAUCACAAGUAAUUGAACAGGUCCAGAAAGCGGCGAAGAAAGGACAACUGCCUCCAGAUGUUUUAGAUGAUGUAUUGGCCAGUAUACGACCUGGCGAUAACAAAGCUGCGGCCGUAGAUAAAGUGCACAAAGCACUGAGCAAGAGGAAAGUAUCCCCAUACGUCGUCGACAAUAUAGUCGCUACACUUCAACCUUCGGACCAUAGCGGUUCUCAAGUUGUCAGAAACGUACGACAUGCGGCAGUUAGAGGACAACUGGCAUCCGAUGUUGUUAAAAAUAUACUGGCUAAUGUAAGAUCAAGUGACACCAAAUCAGCAAUAUCAAGGAUGAUUCGUAAAGCUGUUGCAAAAAAACAAAUAACUCCUUCCGUUGUGAAGAAGUUCCUAUCUGAUGUUGAAUCUAGUAAAACUGCGUCUGCCGUAGUGAAGAGCGUUCGUAAAGCUGUCGACAGAGGUCGACUACCUCCAGAAGUAUUGCAUGACUUUCUCUACGAGAUUCGGUCUUCAGACACCAAAGCUCAAGCUUUGAACAAAGUACGGAAAGCGCUACAAAAGUGGAAAAUGUCUCCAAAGGUAAUGGAUGAAAUUGUUUCAAAUUUGAAACCUCGUGAUCAUAAAGAAGACGCUAUUAAGAAUAUUCGUGCGGCGGUCGAGAAAGGCCAGAUAGCGCCAGGAGUCUUAAAUGAUUUAGAAGCUAAUAUUCGCCCCAGUGAUAAUAAAUCCGUGGUUAUGAGAAAGGUUCAAAAAGCUAUAGCAAAAAAACACGUGUCACCUUCGGUUGUGGACGAAUUAUAUGCGAAUGUGCGCGAAAGUGAUAAUAAGUCUGCAAUCUUGAAGAACCUCCGUAAAGCGGUUGACAAAGGCAAAUUGCCUAAACCAGUUAUGGACGACAUACUUUUGAAUUUAUCACCCAGUGACAAUAAAGAAGAAGCUGCAGAGAAGGUUCGGAAAGGUAAAAGUGUUUUAAUAUUUUAUGAUGAAUUUACGAAAUACAAAGUAAAUGCUACAAUCCUUAAUAACGUUUUAGUUUUGGAAAAGAAUAAAGUAUCUCCAUUUGUAUUGGACGACGCUCUAACUAAUCUCCACUCAACUGAAAAUAAAGCAGAAGUUCUCAAAACUGUUCGUAAAGGUAAGCAUAGCAAUCUCGAUCUUACUGCUACUAUAUUUAAGGUGGUUUUACAAUACAUCGAUUUUGAAUUAAUUACAGCCGUAGAAAAGGGUCAAUUGUCGCCUGAUGUGUUGGAAGACAUACUCGCUGACUUGGACCCCGAAGAUAACAAAUCUCACGUUAUGAAAAAAGUCCAUAAAGCCGUGGCCAAGCGACAUGUACCACCGGCCGUAUUGCAUAAAGUUCUAGGAAAUUUAAAAGAUUGUGACACUAAGAAACAAGUGAUGAAGAAAGUUAGAAAAGCGGUGGAGAAGGGUGAACUGCCACCUGUGGUGCUCGAAGAAGUGCUUGCUAAAGUAAAGGGGAGAGACAAUAAAGAAGUUGUCAUUGAUAAAGUUCGGAAAGCCGUGGAAAAAAGACAGAUUUCUCCUUAUGUCCUGGACGAUAUUGAUGCAAACAUAAGGGCUAGUAGCAAUAAAGCAGAUUUCUUAAGGAAUAUCAGUAAAGCUGUAGGAAAAGGACAGUUAUCACCUGCGGUGUUUGAAGAUUUGGAUGCCAGUGUUAAACCCGAUGAUACGCCCACAGUUAUUAUGAAGAAAGUUCAAACAGCGAUAGAGAAGCAUCAUGUGUCUUCUGAUGUUGCUAUUGAUGUAAUGAACGAUGUCAUCGCCAGUGGAAGGACGUCACAAGUCAUGAAAAAUGUUGAAAAAGCCGUAAAGAAAGGACAGAUACCACUACCUGUAUUCGAUCAAAUACAAGCCGAUGUUCGCCCUGGUGAUGACAAGGAACAAGCUAUUAAGAAGGUUCGCGCAGCUAUAGAGAAAAACCAGGUGCCCCCAAAGGUUAUGAAGGAGGUAACGACGAAAUUAAAUGCAUUUGAAAACGAAGCUGAAGUCAUAAAAAAUAUCCGUAAAGCUGUCGAAAGGAAGGAACUAUCGCCUGCAGUAUUGGAAGAGAUAAUGGCUACUGUUCGUCCAGGUGAUAAACAGUCGCAAAUCAUGAAGAAAGUUAAAAAAGCUGUAGCAAAAAGACACGUGUCACCUUCCGUGAUGGAUAUGGUACUUGCCGAUGCAGCCGCUGCUGAUAAUAAAUCGGAUAUCGUCAAACACAUUAGAAGAGCUGUGAAGAAAGGUCGCGUACCGUCUAUGGUGAUGGAUGACUUACUCACCAAUAUGCGUCCUACUGACACUAAGGACGAUGUUGUGAAGAAGAUCCGAGAAGCGCUCGAAGAUAGGCAAGUAUCUCCGCAAAUUUUGAACGAAAUAGGAGCUAAAGAUAAUAAAGAAGAAGUUUUGAAGACAGUUCGUAAAGCGGUGGAAAAGGGAGAAUUAUCUCCCGCUGUUGUAGACGAAAUAGUUGCUACAGUUCGACCUGGUGACAACAAAUCUCAAAUUAUGAAGAAAGUGCGGCAGGCGAUUGCCAAGAAGCACGUCAGGCAAUCUAUUGUUGAAAAUUUACUCACCAAUGUCAUUGCCGGAAAAGACAGGUCUGCAGUUAUGAAGAAUGUAAAAAAAGCGGUCGAUAGAGGUGAACUACCACACGAAGUAUUAAAGGACAUACUAGCAAACGUCAAAGCGACGGACAGGAAGGCUACAGUCAUGACUAAGGUUCGAAAUGCUAUAGAAAAAAGGAAGCUAUCACCAAAUGUUUUGGAUGAAAUCGCCGCUAAUGCCGAACGAAUUGACAAUAAAGCGGAAGUUGUAAAGAACCUCCGUGACGCGGUGGCUAAGGGACAAAUAUCCCAAGAAGUUAUGGAAGACGUCAUGGCACACGUUCGUCUUAGUGACAAGAAAUCUCAGAUUUUGAAGAAAGUCCGUAACGCAAUAACAAAGAGAUACGUGACACCAUCAGUCGUAGAUCUGGUAGUUGGGCAAGUAUCCCGAGCAGAUAAAAGAUCUGACAUUAUUAAAAAUGUCCGCAAAGCCGUGCAAAAGGGACAGAUCCCACCAGCUGUUGUAGAUGAUUUCCUAGCUGACCUACGCCCCGGCGAUGACAAAGCUCAAGUCAUAAAGAAAGUUCGUAAAGCCAUAGAAAAGAGAAAAGUUCCACCCCAAGUCAUGGAUAGGGUAGUGUCAGAUCUAGAACCAAAACCUGAAAGGGAAGAAGUAAUGAAUAAUAUUCAAAAAGCAAUUGGCGAAGGAAAACUUGCACCAGAAGUUAUGGACGAUUUAGUAGCCAUUAUGCGUCCUAAUGAUAAUAAGUCACAAAUUAUGAAGAAGGUCCGCAAAGCUAUAGCUAAGAAUCACGUAUUUAUAGCAACGAUGGAGGACGUACUAGCUAGUGUGAAGCCUAAAGAUAAAAAGCCAGAUAUGAUCAAGAAACUGCGAAAAGCGGUGAAUAAGGGCCAAUUACCACAAGCUGUACUGGAUGAAGUACUUGCCGAUGUUACCUCAAGUGACAAUAGGGCUGAUGUCUUGAAGAAAAUUCGUAAAGCAAUGGAAAAAAGAAAACUGCCGCCUGAAGUAAUGAAUGACGUAGCAACCCCUAGUAGUAUCGGCAGAGCAUCACAAAUUAUAAAGAAACUCCAAAAAGCCGCGGUCAGAAGGAACCUUUCGCCAUCAGUCGCGGCUGACAUAACCGCCAACCUACGUCCAACUGAUAAGAAAUCUCAAAUCAUAAUGAAGGUCCGAAAAGCUGUUGAAAUGGGCAAACUAACGCCAUCUACUAUAGAAAUAAUAAGAGACGUUGAUGAAGCUAAGAAAGCAAGAGAUAUGAACACUUUAGUCGACGAGCUAGAAGGGACCGAACAGAUUUCAGUGAUUAUGAAAAAGAUGAAGAAAGCUGUGGAGAAAGGCCGCCUGCCCCUCUCAGUCUUAGACGAUGUCAACAAGAGUGUGACACGAAAAGACAACAAAGUUAUAGUUAUGAAGAAGAUUCGUAAGGCCGUAAGGAAACGUCUUAUACUGCCUAAGAUUGCGAAAAUAGUAAGGAGCCAGACUGAAGAAGAAAGGUAUGAGAGAAUAGCCAAAUUGACACAGAGUGAAAUGAAAAUGAUUGAUGAAGCUGCAAAUGAUGGUGAAAUAACAGAAUCGGUCAUGAGAAUGAUAAGAAGUAGAAGGAAUUCAAGGUUUGGUGGUAUGAGGCAAUCUGUAAUCAGAAGGAUGAGGAAGAAGAAAAACAAAAUGCAAAUAAUUUUAGAUCAAACGGACGUUUACGCUUAUAUAACAGAUAGUGAUACUGAUCAACAAACUGUAAGAAGAGUGCGUAAAGGUAACAAAACAAACAUUAUAUUUAAAGUGCAGUUAGUAGAAGUGUGUUCUAGGACCACCAGAAAUGUAAGUAAUAUACGAUUUUAUUUUUUCACAGCCAUCAGAAAAGGUGAAAUAACACCGUCUGUCAUAAAAUUACUCGUGGACAGGGAUAACACAGGUCUUAUAUUUUCUGACAAAGUCGUUCGUGCCAUAGAUCCCAGAAAAAUAGUACGAUCCAAAAGUUUAAGGCACACUGCAGCUGAAAAACCAUUACUAAAACAAACGAGAAGUGAACGAUAUACAAGUACUGACUUAGAAGGGCACAACAGUUUGCAAAGACUAAGGCGAAAGGCAAUAACAUCGCUUAGAAAUCAUUAUAAUGAGUUUUGGCGAGACCCACACAAAAUGUUAUUAGAUGGCAUGCCUGAAUAUGAUACAAAACCUGUAUUCACAUUACAAACGAGGAAAAAGGAACCACCACCUAAAGAAAUUCAUCCAUGCAGAUGCGGAAGUUUGACUUGUAGAAAAAAACUUGAGAAAAUGAAGUUGUCCGACAUGAAAUUAACUCACAGCGAAGCAGUACUAGUAGCCUGCGUGUGUGGCAGUGGCAUCUGUGAAGAAGAGAAAAAUAAAAUUAUAAAAGCACUUGAAAAAGCAAAGAAGGUAAAGAUGAUAAAAGCCGAAGAAGAAAAUAUUAAAAAGAUAAAGGUCAAGAGGAAGUUUGCUGAAAAGAGACAAUACGAAAAACGUUUACGACAGAGAAAAGACAGUAAGAGAAAGAAGCUAAGGUUAAGUCACAUGUGUGCAGAGCAUGAGAUUCCACAUCAAAAACGGCGAGAAAAGAUGGAUAGACGCGCUUUAAAAGAGGUUGCAGGGAGUAAAGAUGCUAGCGACAAACUUUUACUAGCCGAAUCCUUACUAGACGUAGGGAAAAUAGGAUUCGCAACCACAUUCAAAGUUAUAAAAGGCUUGUUUGGCGUAUUUAGACAUCCGCAACACACCUACGAUGAUGUUAAAGCGGCUUUCAACGACCCAUGUAGCUUGAGUAAGGUGAAUAGAAUUUUCGAAGAUGAAAGUAUAUACGUGCCGGCAGCAAGAGUCAAACACAGAUUCAGUUUUAUGUCCACUCCCAAAGCAAUACUUAAGAAGAUGGAGGAAUAUCCAACUACGCACUAUUUACUUCACCGCAAUGAGAAGGAUCCUAAGAAGAGGAAAUUUAAGAAACGAGUAAGACCUCCGAUCGAUUUUAGUAAAAACCUCUACUUGUCAACCCGGGCUUUAAGACCAUGCUUAUGGUUAUAUUAUUCAUGUCCUGCGUUGUAUCCGACAUUUAUCACUGUACUUAAUACAUGGAAACAGUUCUGUCACAUUCUUCUUUUUGUAGGCGCUUUUAUUGUAUGGAGUCCAUGUUUACUAUGUAUGGAAAUUUGCAGAAUCAUGCUGUAUAUCUAUUGUCCUUUUUGUAUGAAAAUUAAUUGAUCAUAAAUAAUAUAAAACAUUCAUUUUUG